CAGGAAAUGUGCAACAAUGAAACACGGUCCGGUGGCGACACAUUUUUUUUUUUAAUGAUUUGCCCAAAUUUCGUGUCUAUAACAUUUCCUUUACGAUAAAAACGACACUUUUUUGUGCCCUAAACUAACGCUAAUGCGGUGACCUCAUUUUAGAUUUGUGUUCUUCCGCAGACCGGGUCUUCUUAUAUUCCUCCUCCCACAACUCAGUCCCCGCUUUCAGCUCAGACAGCUUACUAAUGAUCUCCGACCGUGAUGUUCUUACCAUGACGCCAGGGUUAGCAGGUGUUUGCAGUCGAGAGAGGAGCGGUCUUCGGUUUCCACUGGCUGCUCGAUCACACUUUUCACAGCCCCGCGGAUUUGCGGAAAUGCCGAAGCCUCUCGCCGACUCGAUCUCGCGGUCCUAAAGCCUCUCGGGUAACAAUAGCACCGCUGACAGCAGUUCACUUCCAAUACAGAUCUCGUUCUCGGAAUCGGCUCUUAAGCCUUAAAAUCGCACUGACCGAAUGAUGGCCUCCCCUCAGCCAGGAAGCCCACCUACAGUUGAGCAGCAUACACCAACUCCUGAGACUGAGCCCAUUGAAGAGUGGGAGAAUGUAGAUGAAAAAGCAACUAAAAGAAGAAACCAAGGGAAACUGUCCAAAUCUCAGAACACAUUCAAAUGCUCAGCCUGCCAGGAAACAUUCUCCAGCCCCUCUGCUCUGCGGAGCCACAAGCUCUCAGCUCAUGGUCAGGACAAGCAGCAGCCGUACACCUGUGGGCAAUGCAAUAAGACUUUUUCCAGCCGUGCUCAACUCUCUAAACAUCAGCGCUCACAUUCGGCCGAGCGUCCAUUCCAGUGCCCUCAGUGCCAUAAAGCAUACAAGACCCAAACUGAGUUGCGCAAUCACAGCCGCUCCCACACUGGAGAAAAACCCUUUGUCUGUACUGAAUGUGGCAAGGCAUUUAUGCAGGCCAUCUGCCUGCGCAUUCACAUGACGCAACACAGUGGCGAGAGGGCUCAUUCUUGUCCACAGUGCUCUAAGAGCUAUCCUACGCUGUCCAAGCUAAAAGUUCACCAGCGCUCCCACACCGGAGAAAAGCCUUAUUUCUGUGCAGAAUGUGGCAAGAGUUUUGCCGACCCCUCUGUGUACCGCAAGCACCGGCGCAAUCACCAAGGUCACCGGCCAUAUUCCUGCCAACAGUGUGCCAAGACAUAUACAGAGCUCAAGGAUCUAAAGAACCAUGAGCGCUCUCAUACUGGUGAAAAGCCAUACCUUUGCUCAGACUGUGGCAAAGCCUUCUCACGCUCUUCCUCCUUAGCCUGUCACCUGCGUAUUCAUUCCCAGAGCAAACCAUACCAGUGUGAACAAUGCGGCAAAGGCUUCACUCAGCUUUCCUCCUACCAGUCCCACCUUCGCACGCACUCUGGUGAGAAACCCUUCCUUUGUCCACAGUGUGGCAAGAUGUUCUCAGACCCUUCCAGCUUCCGGCGGCACCAGAGGGCACAUCAAGGAUUUAAGCCUUACCCUUGUGAUAAGUGUACCAAGAGAUUUCGACAGCCAGCUGAUCUAGCAGUGCAUCAACGUGUACAUUCGGGUCAAAGGCCAUACAAAUGCCAAAAUUGCGACAAGGCUUUCGUUGCUUCUUGGGAUCUGCGUCGGCACAUGCUGGUGCACACUGGCCUUCGACCGUUUUUCUGCACUGAUUGUGGCAAAACCUUUGCAGAGCGCUCCAGCCUCAACAAACAUAGAAGGGUGCAUUCUGGAGAGCGGCCAUUCAAGUGCCAGAUGUGUUUCAAGUCAUUCGUCAUGUCAUCCAGUCUGCGCAAACAUGAAAGGACCCACUUACCCGAGAGACCAGUGCAACAAGAACAGGCCCAUGAAUCUGAGCAAGUUUAUGCCCAAAACACCAGAACACAAUACUCAUGUGUUCACAGUGACACGGCUAUUUUUGGUACAUUAGAGGAAGUUCAGGCCCACACGAGCCUCCAUGCAGUCUCCCCUCCUUCAGAUUCCACAAAUGUACGGAUUGGCCCAUUUAUUUGUGAGACAUGCAAGACUGAGUUCCCUCAGUUAUCUGAACUCCAGGCACAUGAGAAGGUACAUCCUAAGCCACGGCCACAUGUAUGUGACAGCUGUGGCAAAGGUUUCCUGAACAAAGCUGGAUUGCGCAAGCAUCAGCGCAUCCACUCCAACAGCCGCCCACACUGCUGCGCAGUCUGCGGUAAGUCUUUCCUCUUUGCUGCAUACCUCCGCAAACAUCUGCGUACACAUCGUGACAAUCAGUCAUCACCUCCACAGCCACAGACAGAUGUAACUCAAUCACAGCCGCUGCCAUCUCCAUCGAAUGCAGCCUCUCCGGUAAAAUCUGAGCCCCCUACAAUAUCUCUAUCCGUGCCUGUCAUUGUACCAGCGACAGCAUUCCAGACAGUGUCAGGCCAUGUGUACAUCAAUAAAGAAGAGGGCAACUGAAAUACCACUGCGUUCAACAAUAUUUUCUACAGUCUGUGGGUGUUUCAUUAAGGCAGCACACAGUGGUUGCUUCCCACAUGGUAAGCAUGUGACACUCCUUACAAAGCACCAAUGCGUGCAAAGUCUCUGCUUGGCAUGAUGUACAAAACAGGGCGGGAGUGUUGCCGCCUCAGGGAUGGUGACUAUUAUGGUAGGAGGAGAAUCUGGUAAUAUAAAUUGCCCUUAGGUCUGAAUAAGUAAAUGCAUAUUUCUCUGCAACAUACUGGUUCCCAUCCAGGCUGUAUAUUCAUUUCAUGCCCAAUGCAACCCUAAUCAGGAUAAAGCAGUUUCUGAAAUUGAACGAAUGAGCUUACAGAGUGGAUCCUUUGAGUAGUAUGCAGUUGUUUCAAAUACAGAUACAAACAAUCUUGUCAGAUCCCGCUGUCCCUUCUAUUCUUAACCUGUUCUUUAAGGGUUACUUGGCUUGUUAAGGGUUCUUGGCUUCAUAUAAAGGUUCUGCUAGGAACAUGUAAAAGAUAAAUUCUCUGUUGUAAGGUUCAACAUAGAACAUUUUAAAUGUUCAUUUAAGACGAUUUAAGGUGUGUGUAUUUACCUUUUUUACUGAGUGUAUGAAUUGCGAACUUUUGUAUGGACACUACAUGCUGUUUAUACAUUAUUAUUAUUUAGUCAUUUUAUUUCAAUGUAUUCAUUAUUUAAAUGAAUAAUUUGAUUAUGUGAUUACAUAUAACUGUGAUUGUGUUAUUGACCAUUGCUGCUAUAUCAAAGUUCAUAUCAAUCUUUGAUAUACCUUUAUGCCCUGGAGUUUCAUUUUGUUUUAUAGGUUAUUCAAAGGGUCAGUAUUUUACAUUCAAGUUCAACUUUACACAAAUGCAUGAAUUUAUUAGACUAUAACCACUACUAGCUGUACAUAUCUACCCUCUGAACAAAAAGUAUUUUAUUCUGACUUUUCUGUAUUCAAUAAAGUUAUCUCAACAGA